CAAGAAUGGGCGUCGACAGACAGAUUCUCGUCGAGGGCGACAACGUCACCAAGCCAAAGAACGGUCAGACCGUCACCUGCCACUACGUGCUCACCCUUGAGAACGGAAAGAAGAUCGACUCUUCUCGCGACCGCGGAACUCCAUUCAAGUUCAAGAUUGGAAAGGGAGAGGUCAUCAAGGGAUGGGACCAAGGAGUCGCCCAGAUGUCAGUUGGUGAGAAGUCGAAGCUCACCAUCUCUGCCGAUCUUGGCUAUGGACCACGCGGAGUUCCACCACAAAUCCCAGCCAACGCAACUCUCGUCUUCGAGGUCGAGCUUCUCGGAGUCAACUAAGCUGCCCGUCUCCGUUUGCAGCUCCGUUUUAGCAGCUGCCGUGUGCAACCUCUCCAUAAAUGAUAUCAAUUUUUUUUAAUGAUUCCAAGUUUUCUUUCUUUUUCCCCCCUUAAUUUUCUCUGUAAACUAAAUAUUUCUUCCUAUCUAAGUAGCAUAAAUUAUUUAAUCUUUAAA